CAGCCGGACGGAAAUGGGGGCGCCGGAACAGGCCCUGGACCGCGCCCACUAGAGGGCGUGCGCGGUGGCGGCAGGGAGCGAAUCCCCUCGCCCUCGCGAGUCCCAGCCAAGCGGCGGUCGGCACUAGUGGGCCACAGCCUGCGGGGUAGUCGCGCGAGAGUCGGCGGCCGAGGUCAGAGGUGAGCGAGCCGCUUCCCGAAUAGCGUUACGUCGCUUUCCGGAGGCCGGAAAAGGAAGACGGUGUCCCCGGAGACUCGGGCCAAGCUGAGCCAGCCACCGUCCCAGAGGCCACCUUCGUUGACUUUCACGGUGCCACGAAGCACGCUCUUCACUUUAGUUUGACUUUUGGGUUCCAGUUACAGUGCUAUAUAAUUUAUAUUAAAGGCAUGGUUUUCACCCUACUUCAUCAACGCAGUUAAAUUUUCAUUUUGGACCCCUAUUUUAUACUACAAUGCAACAAGCUUUAGAACUAGCUUUGGAUCGUGCAGAGUAUGUCAUUGAAAGUGCCCGACAGAGACCUCCUAAAAGGAAAUACUUAUCUAGUGGAAGAAAAUCUGUAUUUCAAAAACUUUAUGACUUAUAUAUUGAAGAAUGUGAAAAAGAGCCUGAGGUUAAGCAGAAAUUAAGAAGAAAUGUGAACUUGUUAGAGAAGCUUGUCAUGCAAGAGACAUUGUCAUGCUUAGUGGUCAACCUAUAUCCAGGAAAUGAGGGAUAUUCUUUGAUGCUCAGGGGAAAAAAUGGAUCAGAUUCUGAGACCAUUCGACUGCCUUAUGAAGAAGGGGAAUUGCUUGAAUACUUGGAUGCAGAAGAAUUGCCUCCUAUCUUGGUUGAUCUCCUAGAAAAAUCUCAGGUUAAUAUUUUUCAUUGUGGAUGUGUCAUAGCAGAAAUACGUGACUACAGGCAGUCCAGCAAUAUGAAAUCUCCAGGUUACCAAAGUAAGCACAUUCUCUUACGUCCAACAAUGCAGACUUUAAUCUGUGAUGUACAUUCAAUAACAAGUGAUAACCAUAAAUGGACCCAGGAAGACAAACUUUUGCUUGAGAGCCAACUGAUCCUAGCUACAACUGAACCACUGUGUCUAGAUCCUUCUAUAGCUGUAACAUGUACUGCAAAUAGAUUGCUCUAUAACAAGCAGAAGAUGAACACACACCCAAUGAAACGGUGUUUCAAGAGGUAUUCCAGGUCCUCUCUGAAUCGACAGCAGGAUCUGUCUCAUUGUCCACCUCCUCAGCUAAAGUUACUUGAUUUCUUACAAAAAAGAAAGGAAAGAAAAGUAGGUCAGCAUUAUGACCUCAAAAUUUCUAAAGCAGGAAAUUGUGUAGAUAUGUGGAAAAGGAGUCCCUGUAACUUGACUGUACCUUCUGAAGUGGAUGUGGAGAAAUAUGCUAAAGUGGAAAAGUCUAUCAAAUCUGAUGACUCACAACCAACAGUCUGGCCAGCCCAUGAUGUCAAAGAUGAUUAUGUAUUUGAAUGUGAAGCUGGUAAUCAGAAAACAAAGCUGACCAUUUUGCAGUCACUUGGUGAUCCACUUUACUAUGGUAAAAUUCAGCCAUGUAAAGAUGAAGAGAUUGACAGCCAGAUUUCUCCAUCCCACUCCUCCACAGAAGAUCAUUCAAAUUGGUUCAUUAUAGGAUCAAAGACUGAUGCUGAACGGGUAGUUAAUCAGUACCAGGAAUUGGUCCAGAAUGAAGCCAAGUGUCCAGUCAAGAUGUUGCACAGCUCCAGUGGCUCAGCCAGCAUGAGUCAGCUUUCUCCAGGGAAAGAAACAGAACCUGAGACUGUUUCAGUUCAGUCUUCAGUACUAGGGAAAGGAAUAAAACAUCGACCUCCACCCAUCAAACUUCCCUCAAGCUCAGGAAAUAGUUCCACAGGUAACUAUUUUACGCCACAACAGGCCAGCAGCUUUCUUAAAUCUCCAACUCCUCCUCCAGCUUCUAAGCCACCAAGUCUUUCUCGAAAGUCAUCUGUGGAUCUCAGUCAAGUUAGCAUGCUUUCUCCAGCUGCCCUGUCACCUGCCAGUUCAUCACAAAGAUCUGGAACUCCUAAGCCAUCUACUCCUACACCAACCCUUUCAUCGACCCCAUACCCUCCUGAUGCUCAGAGCUCAACUCCUAUUACCCCUUCAACUACCCCUACUCCCCAAGAUUCAGGCUUCACCCCUCAGCCCACUUUGUUAACUCAGUUUGCUCAGCAGCAAAGGUCUCUGAGCCAGGCAAUGCCUGUAACGACCAUUCCUCUUUCCACCAUGGUAACAUCUAUAACCCCAGGAACCACAGCCACCCAGGUCAUGGCAAACUCUGCUGGACUUAACUUCAUCAAUGUAGUGGGCUCUGUUUGUGGAGCUCAGGCUUUGAUGAAUGGUUCAAAUUCUAUGCUGGGCUGUAACACUGGUGCCAUAACUCCUGCUGGAAUAAACCUGAGUGGCCUUCUCCCCUCAGGAGGUCUGCUACCAAAUGCAUUACCUGGUACAAUGCAGGCAGCUUCUCAAGCAGGUGUUCCAUUUGGUUUAAAAACUACUUCGAGUCUCAGGCCCUUGAAUCUACUUCAGCUUCCAGGUGGUUCACUAAUUUUCAACACUCUGCAGCAGCAGCAGCAGCAGCUCUCUCAAUUUACACCCCAACAACCUCAGGAACCCACAACUUCCAGUCCUCAACAGCCAGUGGAGCAGGGUUCUGAACAAGGCUCAACCAGUCAAGAAAAGGCCUUAUCUGCUCAGCAUGCUGCUGUUAUUAAUCUUGCUGGAGUAGGAAGUUUUAUGCAGUCACAGGCAGCUGUGUUGUCUCAGCUUGGCUCUGCCGAGAACAGACCUGAGCAAAGCCUUCCUCAGCAGAGAUUCCAGCUCUCCUCUGCCUUUCAACAGCAGCAGCAACAGAUACAACAGUUGCGAUUCUUACAGCAUCAAAUGGCUAUGGCAGCAGCAACAGCACAAACAGCUCAGCUACAUCGUCAACGGCAUACAGGCAGCCAGUCAAAAAGUAAAAUGAAGAGAGGCACACCAACCACUCCAAAAUUCUGAGUCUUGCAUUAUUUUUUUUCUUUUUUAAAAACAAAAGGAUUGAGUUUCUACUUCAUUUCUGUUUUUUAAAACAUAAUCAGUAUUUUACAUUGUUUGAUGUACAAACUUUAUACAGAAGCACAACCCUAUGAUUUUUAAAUAAAAACAGGGAAAUGCUUUAACAAACCAUUAGGGUUCAUUUGCUUAAGACACUGCUUUUUCAAAAUUGUUCCUACACAUAAAACAUGUUGAAGUGGCCUAAGAAAUACUAGAAAUGUCCUUCAGAAAAAUGUAGUUUGAUAUUUAUUUAGUAUGAAAGAUUUGUGCACAGUGUAAUAAAUACAGUUUUUACAAA